AUGGACAGACAUAUAUCUACCUGCACAGUUAGGGUAUUGGCAGAGGGACAAUCCUGCAACACCUCUAUUGCCACUGGAUCCAAUAUCACAACAGCUCCAUGUGCACCACAAAAUGUGUCAGCCAGCUUGAGCUGUAGCAGUAACAUAGCAACAGUAUCCUGGGGACGCAGUCAGGGGGCGGAGCUCUACUCAGUGACUGCCAUCAGCAUUAAUGGUCUCUCUGCAAACUGUACUUCAGCGUCCACCUCCUGUGACCUUUCAACUUUGACUUGCGGAGAGACAUACACGAUCACAGUGAAGUCAAAAGGCAGCAACUGUAGCAGUGAAAACAGUACAGCUGUACAGGUCCAAUCAGCCCCAUGCCCUCCACAGAAUAUCCAGUCCAGAAUAAACUGUGGCAACAACACUGCGAGUGUGUCCUGGUCUGGUGGCAAUGGAGCUCUCUCCUUUACUUCAACACUAGAUUGUUCUAAUGGACAGACAUAUAUCUGCAAGACUGCUUCAACAGGAUGUGACAUCACAAACUUGCCAUGUGGACAGACCUGCACAGUUAGGGUAGUGGCAGAGGGACAAUCCUGCAACACCUCUAUUGCAACUGGAUCCAAUAUCACAACAGCUCCAUGUGCAUCACAAAAUGUGUCAGCCAGCUUGAGCUGUAGCAGUAACAUAGCAACAGUAUCCUGGGGACGCAGUCAGGGGGCGGAGCUCUACUCAGUGACUGCCAUCAGCAUUAAUGGUCUCUCGGCAAACUGUACUUCAGCGUCCACCUCCUGUGACCUUUCAACUUUGUCUUGCGGAGAGACAUACACGAUCACAGUGAAGUCAAAAGGCAGCAACUGUAGCAGUGAAAACAGUACAGCUGUACAGGUCCAAUCAGCCCCAUGCCCUCCACAGAAUAUCCAGUCCAGAAUAAACUGUGGCAACAACACUGUGAGUGUGUCCUGGUCUGGUGGCAAUGGAGCUCUCUCCUUUACUUCAACACUAGAUUGUUCUAAUGGACGGACAUAUAUCUGCAAGACUGCUUCAACAGGAUGUGACAUAACUAACUUGCCAUGUGGACAGACCUGCACGGUUAGGGUAUUGGCAGAGGGACAAUCUUGCAACAGCUCUUUUGUCACUGGAUCAAAUAUCACAACAGAACAUUGUGUACCUGGUCAUGUGCAGGGCAGUGUGGACUGUGCAUCUGGAAACGUGUCUGUAUCCUGGGACCGACAUGUGGGGGCCGUUUCCUACAUGGCAGUUGCCCAGGGUAACGGUGGCUAUGCAUCGGUAUGUAACAGCACUGAAACAGCAUGUGUCUUCUCAGAUCUGCUUUGUGGGCUGAACUACAGUAUAGCUGUCAGUGCGUCUGAUGGGAACUGCACCACCGCACCAAGUCAACCGGUCGUGCUGAGUACAGUAUCCUGUAAGCCACAGAACGCUAGCGCACAGCUGAGUUGUGACACAAAUGCUGCCGUUGUUACCUGGGAGCCCAGAGAUAAUGUUGUACGCCACACAGUCCAGGCCGUAGGCACUGACGGACAUCGCAUCAACUGCACAAGCUCUGACUACAGUUGCACGCUACUCAGCCUUCACUGCGGCCAGAACUACAACCUUACCAUCACCGCCCUGGAUGGAGUUUGUGACAACAGUAACACACGCCUGGUUCUGCAAUCAGCUCCAUGUGCACCUAGCAAUGUUCAGACAUCAUUGCUUUGUGACAUCCACAAUGGCAGUGUUGUGUCCAUGUCUUGGCAGCAUACAAAUGGGGUUGAGUCUUACAUGGCUGUGGGCAUGUCUUAUGAUGGUCAUUCCUCCUUUUGUAACACCAGUACCACCUCCUGUAAUCUGCAGGGACUGCAGUGUGGUCAGAUUUAUAAUGUUUCUGUCUACUCACUGGGCCAUGGUUGUGGGAGCGUGAAGAGUGCCGUGUCUCAGGUGCUGACAGCUCCAUGCCCCCCUCAGAACAUAGUCACUCAGGUGCAGUGUGAUUUGGGUUCUGUGGUGGUGAGCUGGACCCCAGCAGUUAAUACCAGUCAGUUCAGAGUGGAGCUUGAAUCCCACAGCACUGGUGUGAUCUCCUCCUGUAACAGUACUGGUACACAGUGCUCAAUCCCGCACCUGCCCUGUGGAGAGAGCUUCAACCUCAGUGUGGUGGCACUGAGGGGCAGCUGUCAGAGUCAACCAAGCAGGGGCCUCAACAUAUCCUCUGGUCCGUGUGCCCCACGUGGGGUUAAUGGUACACUGAACUGUGUAACUAACUCUGCGUUGGUAUCAUGGGAUGUGGACAAUGUUGCAGAGUCUUACACAGUGCUGGCUAUAGGGGAUGAUGGUCAAAAUUCCACCUGCUCCUCCUCAAACUCUAAUUGUAAUGUACCUGACCUAGACUGUGGAAAGAGCUACACCUUCUAUGUCACUGCUUCAAAUGCUGCCUGCCUGAGUCCACCCAGCAACACCUUUAACCUGGAAACCGCACCAUGUGCCUUGUCAUCUAUCGUGGUGGUGGCUGAAUGCCGCAGUCAUGUUAUCCAGGUAAAGUGGCAGAGAGCAAAGAUGGGAAGUUCUCUCUACAUUGCAACAGCAGAGGGUCAAGACCUUUCCCAACUUUCCUGCAAUAGCUCCUCCUCUUCCUGCAACCUAACAAAUGUGCAGUGUGGCAUGGAGUACACCAUCAUCGUGGCUGCAUCCUCCAAUCAAUGCAGUGGCCUCCGAAGCCCACCAUACAAGAUCAGCACUGCACCCUGUCAGCCCACGUCAGUAGAGGCCCAUACGGACUGUCAGUCAGACGUUGUGCUUGUGUCAUGGGCACCAUCAUAUGUUGCCCAGUCAUACCUGCUUACUGCAGUUGGCAAAGAUGGGGACGUGAGGAUGUGUAACACCGCAAACAGUAGCUGCAUGUUCACUGAUCUACACUGCAGCAACACAUAUUAUCUCUCAGUUUCAGCCAGUACUGAGAACUGCACCAGCCUGCCCAGUUCUAACAUCACCUUUCACACAGUACCGUGUAAGCCAAACAACUUGACUUUAGGGAUCCACUGUGGGAACAGUAGUGCCUCCUUGUCGUGGACAGCGAGUACAGGAGCAGUGGCCUAUGUGGGAAUUGCUCAGUCAGGAAAUGCCACGGCAGUUUACUGCCAGACCACGAAUACAUCAUGUACUCUGCAGGGCUUAGUGUGUGGCACUGUGUACAACUUUACAGUGAAGGCAUCAGAUGGUGUUUGCAACAGUUCCUUCAGUGAGCCUCUAACUGACGGAGCAGCGCUGUGUCCUCCAGCUGGUUUGAGGGUUAUUCCUCGUACAGUAGUGAAUGGCACACAGAUCUUGAGAGCAUCCUGGUUGGCUGUGGAUUGUCCCGAUUCUGAAUACCUCCUGGAGAUCAAGGGCAGGAUUCUGGAUAACAUCCAGUCAUUCUUUGAUGUUGCCUCCUAUUGGACAAGCCGCAAAUUCUUUGAGAUUCCGCUACCCUGUGGCUCCUCCUACAGUGCCAAGGUCAAGGCGCAGAACUCUGCCGGUUCAAGCGUUCCGUCAGCUGCUGUCUCUGGAACUACAGUGCCUUGUGCCCCUCUGAAUGUGACAUUGUCUGCAUCAUUGUCGGUGGUGUCAUGGAAUCAGUCUGUAUUCGCUACAAACUACACAGUGUAUCAGGUUACUUCCUCUGGUAGGACGAAGCUCUGCAUGACGUCACAGAUCCAAUGCUCUGUCACCAGCUUUGGCAGCGGUCGCAUUGUUGUAACUGCAAGCAACUCCGCCGGAGAAAGUGAAGACUCAUCUCCUGUUUAAACUCUUGGCUCUGAGAAUUCCUGCACUUUCCUAAGAAUUUGUAAAACUGUUUAAUACUUCACUUUAGCAUGCUACAUGAAGGGUUUAAAACACUGGUGGAAUAGCUUUACUGGAUAAAAAAAAAAUUAACACUAAUUUACAAAUGUUUUUCUAAAGUCUUUUAUUCUGGCUAAAGGAUUACUUUUUGUGUACUUUUCUGUAAUGAUAUAUAUUUAAACAAAUAAGCAUUAUAUAUAUAUACUCUUGUUUUGGAAAAUUAGUUAUUAAAAUACCAUGAGGUUUUCUGCAUGUGAUCUGUCUUACAAAUUAUGAACAAAGUAAGAGCAUGUAAAAUAAAUGUACCAUACAUGCAAAACAAAAUGUGAUUCAAUUUUAGCUGCUGUUGCACUAAAAACAAAGUGAUUUUUACAUUUAAAAUGAAUUGACAAGAACGCAACAGUGGGUCACCCACUUUCGCAACAGUCUUGGAUACAGAAAUAUUUUUCACUCUAAAAUCCCUCCACUGGGAUUUUAGAAAAUAUUUCAAUAAAGGAGUUCAAACCUUGAACCUAACCAUUAUCUAUAAAGUAUAUAUAAUGAAAAAUAAAUAAUAA